AUGGAACAAUCGUGGCAGACCUGUCUGCAAUGCGCGAGGACGCUGGCCGCAGUGCCCUGGCAUGUGCUUCUGGGGGCGGUGCUAGCCACCCUGAUAGGAAUCGUGGUUUUUGUCUAUGUGAUUGUCUCGACUGUUGCGCCGAAGCCGCGCCCCUCAUUCCCUGAGGAAACGAAAUACCGGUCUCUCGCGCGGGACGGAUCCGUCACGGAACCCCAACAGCUACCGAGCUGGCAGGAGGAGGAGGAGAAGAAGAAGAAGAAGAAGGAUGAAAAAGUGGUUCUCGACGGAACGGCCGAGGUGUUCAUGUCCGUCGUGGUUCCGGCUUAUAAUGAGGAGGAUCGGCUGAUGGGGAUGUUGGAGGAAGCGGUCGAUUACCUGGAACACGAAUAUGGGACGGUCGGCAGCCAGGAGAGAGAGGAUGGGAAACAGCUUCGUUCGAGGAAGGUUAAUGGCCAGGCAAAGACGAAUGGGCGAGAGAAUGGGAACGCUGGUCUACCGGGGGAUAAUAUUGAUACUACUACUACUACGCGAGGAUGGGAGAUCCUGCUUGUCUCGGACGGCUCGACGGACAAGACGGAGGAGGUUGCGUUCCAGUUUGCGCGCGAGCACCAGCUCUCGCGGCACCCGCGCAGGCACUCGGGCCCCUGGACGUCCAGCACACAGGAGGAGGGUGUGUCCAUCCCGCCGGGGACGAUCCGGGUCGUCACCCUGAGCCAGAACCGGGGCAAAGGCGGCGCCGUCACUCACGGCAUGCGGCACGUCCGUGGCCGGUACGUCGUCUUCGCCGACGCGGACGGCGCCAGCAAGUUCACCGACCUGGGCAAGCUGGUCACCGCUUGCAGGGGCAUCGAGGAUUCUCGCGGUCGGGGGGUUGCGGUGGGUUCGCGAGCGCACAUGGUCGGCAGUGAAGCUGUUGUUAAGCGCUCCAAAUUACGCAACUUCCUGAUGCACUCGUUCCACAUGAUACUGUGGCUGUUGACGCCGCCCAAGACGGCAACCAUCAAGGAUACGCAGUGUGGCUUCAAGCUCUUCUCGCGCGCUGCCCUGCCGGAUAUCAUCCCGUACAUGCACUCCGAGGGCUGGAUCUUCGAUGUCGAGAUGCUUAUGCUUGCCGAGUUCGCCGGCAUCCCUGUCGCAGAGGUGCCUGUUGGCUGGCACGAGGUCUCUGGCAGCAAGCUCAAUGUCAUCCGUGAUAGCAUCGGGAUGGCCUGGGGACUUGCCAUCCUACGCGUGGCGUGGUCCCUCGGCGUCUAUCGCCGGCGAGUUUAG